GGGGUGGCUUUUAUAUCAGAGGCGUUUAAAGAGUAUUGCAAGUCACAUUUUAUUCAGCAUUUGGUAAUAGAUACGGACGUACCACGGGGUAAUGGGCAGGUGGAGCGCAUCCACAAAAUUUUAGUUCCUAUGUUAGCGAAGUUGUGCAAAGAUAAUCCAACCUAGUGGUAUAAACAUGUAGGUCGCGUUCAGCAAAUUAUCAAUAAUACCCCUCCCAGAAGUACCAAAUUCGCACCGUUCAAAAUACUUACGGGAUUGGACAUGCGUAUUUCAGACGACCUAGGGUUAAAUGAGUUACUAAAAGAAGCUCCAAUUGCUGAAAUACACACGGAGAGAAAUGAUUUGCGAAAACAAGCACAAAGAAAUAUACAAAAGAUCCAACAAGAAAAUUGUAAAACUUUUAACGCUAAAAGAAAGCCAGAGAUAAAAUACAAAAUUGAUGACCUCGUGGCGGUAAAAAGAACCCAAUUCGAGGUACGGUUAAAGUUGAAACCCAAGUUUUUAGGACCUUAUAAGGCAACCGCCGUGCUUCAACAUGGUCGGUACCAGGUUAAGAAAGUUGGGGAUCAUGAGGGUCUAGGGGAGACCACUACAGUUGCAGAACACAUGAAAAUGUGGAAGAAUUCAUUCGGGGCGAUUGAGUCAUCAGGACGGCCGAAUGUGGGAUCAGUACCUAAAAGAGCGACUCGGUCUGGUAAUACAUACUAAAAGAUUCAACCCUGCAGUGGUAAUACACGCUCCGGAGAAUAAAGCUCGUCAAAACACUCAAUUAAUUAAAACUAGAUUAUCAGGCAGGUUCUGGAAUCCGAGUGAAAGUGAAUAUGAAAAUGAAUCUAAAACCGAGUGAAUUUGAUUUUGGUGGUCUGAAAACCGAAUUUUUAGUUCAUUUUAGAACUCGGUUUUUGAUUCACGCUGAAAAUGAACUAAAGCUGGUGAUGAAUAAGUAAAGAUGAACUUAACAGCUGAUAGCUGUGAAUUUAACCAAAACAAAUAAUAAAUUUUUGGAUAAAAAAAACUAAAAAUGAGGGCAUUAACUACGUUUGCGGCUAUUUUAGUAGAAAAUGAGAGACUUGCAGAAGAAACCCUUAAUAGAAGGAUUCUGCGCGAUCAUUCCAAUCCUUUAGAUGUCUCUGAAUUGGUGUUCGUAUCCAGCUACCGGGUCAACAAAAGUGCAUUUAACAUGUUAUUGGACGUUGUUGUUCUGCAUUUAAAAGAAACAUCCAUUCCGGCGCAACUGCAAUUGGCGGCCACACUAAGGUUUUUGGCGGAAGGUGGCUUCCAAAAGGCUGUGGGAAAAGAUAGUUAUAUUGCAAUGGGUCGUAGUACGGUUGCAAAAGUAAUUACACGCGUGCUAAAGAUUUUAGAAAAAUAUAUAUGUUCCCGGUGGAUAAAUUUAAGCAUGACCGAAGACGAGAAAACGAAAUCGAAACAGCAUUUUCAUCAAAACUUUGGUAUACCCGGAGUCAUUGGUUGCGUAGACGGGACGCAUAUUAAAAUAACCAAGCCGCAUAAAGAUUCCAGCCUAUUUUACAACAGAAAAGAUUAUUUUAGCAUCAAUGCAAUGAUUAUAUGUGAUUACAAUAUGGUAAUCAGAGCACUUGACGCUCGUCGUCCUGGUUCAAGUCAUGAUGCUUUGAUAUGGAGUGUCAGCAGAGCUCAUGAUUACUUCAAACGCAAUUACGAUAACGGUGAACGCGGCUUGUGGCUUUUAGGUGAUGCUGGGUACGCACUUCAACCUUUUUUGUUAACCCCAUUUAGAGACCCAAAUGUUGGGACACCACAGCACAUAUUUAAUCUAAAGCAUUCUUCAGCGCGUAAUGUUGUAGAAAGAACAACAGGGGUUCUAAAAAGCCGAUUUAGGUGCCUUUGUCGAUCUCUACAAUAUCAACCUGAAAAGGUGGUGCAAAUUACAAAUGUUUGCUGUGCAUUACAUAAUAUCUGUAGACAUUAUAAAGUGCAGGAGUUAGUUGAGGCAGGCCCUAUGGACGAGGAUAAUGAACCUGUUGUUGAAGGAAUAAUAAACGAAGCUACUCUUGAUGGCGAGGCUAUAAUGAUAAGGGAGGAUAUCGCGACGCGCCUAUUCUCGAAUUCAUGAAAAAUUUAUUUGAAUACUUAAAGUGAUACAAUUUCCUGAAAGUUUAAAGCGCCUUAUUGAAUAAAAUGCUCAUAUUUAUAUUCACUUCAAUAAAAUGAAAUGCAAUUCACUAUUUAUUAAAAUAAAGUUCAGAUUCAUAUUUAAACCAUAACAUACA